UUGAAAAGCUCCAGAGGAAAAAAAGUCCCGGAGGGAGUGGCAGCAGCAAAACAGGGAAGACUUUGGCUUCACAACCGCAGUGCCAGUGUUUACCUUUGCUACCUCAGAGGUCACAUUUCACGUUCAGCAACAAGGCAGGUAAAGUGGAAUGUAAGGGGACUCAUGUUUGAAGACAUUAGUCUUUAUCCCCAGGUCAUGGCCUCCCCCAGCGUUCUCCUGUCGGAGGUGCAGUUUCAGUGUUGCAUCUGUCAGGAUGUUUACUCUGAGCCCGUCUCCAUCCCCUGCGGUCACAGCUUCUGCUUCACCUGCAUCACGUCACACUGGGACGACAGCCUCGCCAUCAGCUGUCCCAAAUGUCAGAGUGUCUUUGAGGGCCGCCCUGAGCUUUGUGAAAACUCCUUCGCGAAGGAAAUGUCAGAGCAGAUCCGAGCGCGAAGGCAGAACGGCGUUGUGUCAAAGGCAGGAAGACUGAUAUAUUGUGAUGUGUGUGUGGGAAAGCAAACAAAGGCCCUGAAGUCCUGCCUCGUCUGUCUGACCUCAUAUUGUGAGAGUCACCUGGAGCCACACCUGAGAGUUGCCACCUUGAAGAUCCACAAGCUGAUUGAACCUGUGGCAACGCUUGAGAGCCGGAUUUGUAAAAGGCACCAAAGGCUCCUGGAGCUGUUCUGCAGGAGCGACCAGAGGUUCGUUUGUGUGCUGUGCACCGAGACUGACCACCAAAGCCAUGACACCGUCCCAGUGGAGCGAGAGAGUCAGGAGAAGAAGGCUCAGAUGGAAAGGAUCCAGGCUGAUGUUCAGCAGAUGAUCCAGGACAGACUGCAGAAAGUGGAGGAGAUCAAACACUCUGUGGAGCUCAGCAAAGAAAACUCAAAGAGGGACUUGGUGGAAAGCAUGGAGGUCUUCUCCACUCUGCUUCGUUUCAUGGAGAGGAGUCGGGCUGAGCUGGUGGAGGUGAUCCAGAGGAAGCAGGCGGCAGCGGAGCAGAGGGCGGAGAGGCUCAUCACAGAGUUGGAGCUGGAAGUCACUGAGCUGGAGAGGAGGAGGAGUGAGAUGGAGCAGCUUUCUCACACUGAGGACCACCUCCACCUUCUGCAGAGGUUUCCGGCUCUGAGUUCUCCUCCUUCUACCUGCUCUGACAUCACUGUCCAUUCAGACACAUGUGUGGCGACCGUGAGGACAGCGGUGGCCGACAUUGAACAUCAGCUUCAGUCAGUUUUGAAGAAGCUUUCCAUUCAAGAGCAUAAGAAGAUGCAGCAGUAUGCAGCUGAUGUUCAUCUGGACCCCAGGACAGCCAACCCUUGGCUCGUUCUAUCGGAGGACGGGAGACAGGUCAGGGAUGGAGAUGUUGAACAGAACCUGGUGGACACACCAGAGCGUUUUGACACAGCACCAUGUGUCCUUUCCACCACGGGUUUCACCACAGGGCGGCACUACUGGGAGGUAGAAGUGGGAGACAAAACAGCGUGGGACUUGGGUGUGGCUCGGGAGUCAGUCAGCAGGAAGGGCGUGGUCACACUAAGUCCAGAGGACGGUUAUUGGACUAUUUGUUUGAGGCAGGCCCAUGAGUACCGGGCAUGCGCGGGACAGGCGCAGCUGCUGUGUCUCUCUCAGAGGCCGCAGGUUGUUGGGGUGUUUUUGGAUUACGAGGACGGGGUGGUGUCCUUCUAUGAUGCGGAGGCCAAGUCACACAUCUAUUCCUUCACACACUUCCAAUUCACUGAAGCCAUGUUUGCCUUUUUUAACCCAGACAUGAGUGACAAGAACAGGAACAAGUCACCGCUUAUCAUCUGCCCUGUCAGUGGUGUUGAUGGAGGCGGGGCAUUAGAUGGCAUUACAAUAUGAUGUGAAAUGUACAGACCGUGUCAGGUUUUCAUGACAUUUGGUAAAAUUGUGCUAUGUUUUGGCUGUUUUGACUGAAAUUAAUCAAGAAACAAUACACCAAAGUUUAAUUUUUUGCUAUAAGUCUCUGUGUUUACAUAAGCAAGCAAUAGUACGGUUUAUUCUGCAGGUAAUUCAUCCAGAAUUAGAAAUUGUCUUUAUAUGAAAUCACAAUUAGGCCUUUUUGGAAUAAAACUGUACAAACUGUAGGUGACAAUAAACACGUCAUAAUGA